AUGGACACUACAGUCUCCAACUCAAUCCUUGACGGCUGUAUCGGCUUCGAGACUAAGGUGUUAUUUGGUGACAGGCAGAUGCUCAACGAUUUCACUAUUGUCCCCCGAGUCACUCUGCAGAGGCUCAGUCGUGAGUAUGGUGGAGCAGUACCUUGCAACCGUAUGGUACUCCUCCUGGGUCUGAGCCGUGAGCUACUAUCUAGUGAUCGCAUCGUACAGGAUUGUAUUGGCCACAUUGUGAAGGGUUACUCUCGAAUCGUUUCUGCGUAA